AUGGCAUCUUCGGUUUCUGGCCCAUUCCCUCUUCCAGAGUCGAAAUUCGACCUAUCUACAUACUGGGGAAGAGUGCGUCACUGUUCUGAAAUAAGUGAUCCGUUCAUGCUUUUCACCACCGAAAAGCAGCUAAGUAAUGCGCGCAAAAUUGUGUCCAGCUAUCGUCGUGGUGAACUCAAAGAGCCCACUCCCGAGUUCUGGCAUGCCAAAAAACAACUAGAUUCUACGGUUCACCCAGACACCGGAGAAACAGUUUUAUUGCCAUUCCGUAUGUCUUGUUGCGUUUUGUCCAAUUUGGUCGUCACCGCUGGUAUGCUGACGCCAGGCUUGGGUACCGCGGGUACUGUGUUCUGGCAAUGGGCCAACCAAUCGCUGAAUGUCGCCAUUAACUCUGCAAAUGCCAACAAAUCGCAUCCAAUGUCAAACCUUCAAUUGGCAAGUAACUACGCCAUGGCUGUAACUGCAUCUUGCGGUGUGGCGGUUGGUCUCAACAAGCUUGUGCCUCGUCUGCAACAUCUUUCUGCGAAUUCGAGAUUAGUGCUAGGUAGACUUGUGCCAUUUGCUGCUGUCGUCAGUGCUGGUAUUAUCAAUGUGUUUUUGAUGAGAGGUGGUGAGAUCCAAAAGGGUAUUUCUGUCUACGACAAAAACGGUGACGAGGUCGGAAAAUCGAAAAAGGCCGCUUUCCUAGCCGUUGGCGAAACUGCCCUCAGCAGAGUCAUAAAUGCUACGCCUAUCAUGGUCAUCCCACCUCUACUAUUGGUAAGACUCCAAAGAGGUGUUUUGAAGGGCAAGUCCAUGGGUGUCCAAACCCUCGCAAACUUGGGUUUGAUCCUAGGUACAUCUUUGGCAGCUCUUCCAUUCGCAUUGGCAGUUUUCCCACAAUACCAAAAAAUUGACGUUCAUAAACUAGAGGACAAUUUGAAAAACCAAAAGGACCAGCAUGGUGAUAUCAUCGAUAAGGUCUGGUUCAACAGAGGCAUUUAA